GAAUUGUAAUGGGGCAAAUUACUGUAGCUACUUCCGGUUCAAUAAGAGGGUUCACUUUCCUCGUGUGUCCUUGGAAAGCUGCGAAACAAUAUACUAAUUUAUAAUCAUAAUGGGAAACCUGUCAAAAAUCGUUGAUGCCCUUCCUGAUCACUAUGGAUGUGUGAUCUUUACGGGCGUGGCGAGCACAUUUGUGAACAUGUGGAUGGGCAUUAAUGUAGCCAAAGCCAGGAAACAGUAUGAAAUCCCUUAUCCUACCAUGUAUAGCUCAGACAAUAAAAUGUUUAACUGCAUCCAGCGAGCUCAUCAAAAUACACUUGAGAACUAUCCCCAGUUUCUGAUGCUUCUGUUUAUUGGAGGAUUACAGUACCCUAGGACCUCCGCCUGUGCCGGAACUCUUUAUCAAUUGAGCCGGAUUUUCUUUGCCAAGGGCUACUACACUGGAGAGCCAGAAAAGAGGCGCUGGGGGUCAUUUGGUUACAUCGGGUUGAUCACCAUGCUUGGCUGUACAGUGGGCGUCGCCCUCAGACAACUCCGUGUCUUCCCACACUAAAGCAAGAAUGUGUGAUAGACUCAACUAUUGACAUGUGCUGUGCAUAACUGUAUUAACACAUUAGAUUUUUGGUUGUUUUAAUUUGUAGAGUGUCUGGUACCAUUUCAUGAAAAAUUUUCAUAAGAGAUUUUGUAAUCAAAUUACACUUAUACAUGGAAUUAUUGGUGCAAGCAUUAUUAAGGUUGUACAUGUACCUUAAAGUCAUUGAACUUAACAAGUAUACUUAAUGUUUACGUUAAGAAAGAACAGUUAUAAUGAUAUAUAUAUAUGUGUCGGAUUAAAAAAUUUUUUUUAUCAUUCUAGUCUCGUUUAGAAAGAACAGCAAAAUCAGUGCUAUAUAUUUCUGGCUAGACUUGCAACGGUAGUGAGGCAACACGUAGAAGUUUAUGUUGUUGUAACUGUUUUCCUGUAUAGUUCUUUGAGAUAAGAUUACACAUAGUAUCAUAGUAUUUAUAAGUCAAGUGCACACAAAUAAAAAUAAACAACAACUUUUUCAUA